CAUAGGCUGGUGACAGCGCAAAACACUAUUCUAGUCGCGACUACAGAGAUUAUGCCCCCUCCUACGCGUCAGCACGCUCCUUAUUUUAGGGUGGUUCCAGCUCAGCCUAAAACCCCAUUGGAUUCCCAAUUCAGGUCCGCCGAGCUUUCUCCCCUCAUAUAAAUACCAGACUUCCCUCAGCGGUCUUCGCUUCUUCUUCUCCUCCAAAAUCACACCUCUGCGUUUUUCGUACGACCCUAAACCCUAAUUUCUUCGUUCCGUCUUCGUGUUCGAUUCGCGAUUCGUCGACGAAUUUCUGCUCUCUAAUCCGAUGGCGGCCGUUAAACCCCUUACAACUGAGGCUAUAGCUCUUACAGAGAAGAAGAUGGACAUGGCAUUAGACGAUAUUAUUAAAAUGGCCAAAGUUGCUCCCAAGGGUAAGAAGCAGCAGAGGGUUUCGAACAAAAGUCAGACUUUUGCUAAAGGCAUUACUCAAGACAAACCAACAAAGCUGCGUCGCUAUAUGGACUCAAGAUCAACCAUGAGACAGGGAGUUCUGGCUCAGAGAAGAUCAAACUUCCAGGGGAACCAAUUCCCGGUUGCAACUGAGGCUGCACGGAAGGCAGCAGUCGUUCCUUUUCGCAAUAGAGCUUUUAAUCGUAACCAGGUGCCUAACUGGAAACCAAGGGCUGGAGCUCCUAUUCAGAGAAGGGCUGGAAAUGUUGGCUUUGGGACCAAGCUUCCCCCACAACAGCAGCAGUGGCAUCGGCAGCAAGAGAAUGUAGUUGCUAAUCAGAAGCCUCAAACACUUGAUCUGCUGUUUGCAAACAUGAAAGAGCAACGGAUGAGGGCUCAACCACCACACCAGAACAUUGCUGCACCACAACGUAAUAGGGGCCGGCCAAGGCUCCCUUGGGGAAGAGGCGGGCGAUUUGGCAAUUAAUUCGUGCCAAGUUAAUGGACUUGCUGGAAGGAUGAUAGCUUGAACUGAUCCUACUACCAGAUGCUGCAAGAAACUACUAAGCAGCUGAAAGUAAUCGUAGGCACAAUAUAAAGGCCUGUUCUACUAGUCUGUCGGCCAUUAUUUUCCCUUUCUGCAACAUUUCGUAAUGCGCUUUGUUUCAUUCCCGCUGUGUAUAUAGUAGAUUCUUUAUGGACUACUCAUUCCCUUUUUCAACGUCUAAAUUUGAAGUUUCA